AUGCAGCUCUCUGCCUUCACGCCCUUUUACAGGAACCAUAACAUUAAGGGCGCGAUACCACAGGAGCCGUAUCGCUGGGACAGUGUCGCGAACGCGUCGCGUACUGCUAUUUCCAUUCGUUAUUCCCUGCUGCCAUACUGGUACACUCUGUUUGCGAACUCGUCCAUGUAUGGAACCCCUCCAGUUCGGGCGCUCUUCUUCGAGUUCCCCAACGAGCCCGAACUGUUCGACGUCGAUGCUCAGUUCUUGAUUGGAGCUGAUAUCCUGGUUACCCCCGUGUUGGAACCGAACGUAUCCACCGUGUCAGGCUUCUUUCCUGGGCGCGGCCAAGUCAUCUGGCGUGAUUGGUAUACCCAUAGUGUCGUCCACAGCGUUCCUGGGGAGCCCACAAGUGUGUCGGCGCCUCUGGGCCAUAUUAACGUCCAUAUUCGCGACGGCUCUGCACUCCUUCUGCACGUUGAGCCCCGGUAUACGAUCGCAGAAACGCGCCAAGGACCCUACUCCCUUCUCAUUUCUCUGAAUGCGGAGGGUGUGGCAUAUGGAUCCGCAUAUAUCGACGACGGGAUUAGCUACCCACCUGGCCCACAUCGGAUUCUCACUUUCUCGAUACGCAACAGCUCUAUGUCGAUCUCCAGCACAGGAUCUUUCAAAAUACCGCAGAAACUUCAGGAGAUCACAGUUCUCGGGGUGAACGCCAGACCGAAGGCUGUUGAUCUGAACGGACGGGCGACUGCGCAGUGGUUGUAUGCGCCCCAACAGGAUAAGCUUUUGAUGAGCGGUGUUGAUGCGGAUUUGAACGACCCUGUCUCCUUAGAAUGGAAUUAG